UACCCGGGGCACCGGGCCAUGCUAAACGAACUCGCUCAUUGCUUGACUUAUCUGAGAGGGGUGUAACCUAUCCCAUAAACAUACCAGCUCGACGCAUAUUUGUGUUAUCAGUGCGCGCUUGACUUCAGGGGGAUGAUGAGGAACCUUAUACUGCUGGCUAUCUUUGGAGAAUACCUGCAGGUGGUGAAAUGCACCCCAAAAUGCCCAAUAUAUGGCUCUAUAGCAGCUUGCACCAGCCAGUCUCUACAUCAGGUCCCUGCGCUGCCUCCAUACAUUACCAUUGUGUAUAUGAGGGAUAACUACAUCAGUGAGAUCAAUGAGACAUCCUUCUCUGGGCUUGAAGGGUUAACGGAACUGGACCUCAGUUGGCAACAGGUGAAUGGGCUUAUUAUAAGAACUAACACCUUUCAAAGGCUGGAAAACUUGGCAGUGCUUUAUUUAGGGUAUAACACAGGUUUACAAAUUGAGCCAGAUGCGUUUGUGGGACUGUCCAACCUGAGAGCUCUCUCGCUGUAUAGGUGUGACCUGACUGAAUCUAUUUUACAGGGUGACUAUCUCAGGCCCCUGGUUUCCUUGGAAACACUAGAUCUGUAUGGUAACCAGGUGAAAAGAAUCCAACCUGCUCUGUUCUUUGUGAACAUUACAGAUUUCCAUGAACUAAACGUUUCCCUAAACCAGAUGGAAUACAUAUGUGAGGAAGAUUUGCUUGGCUUUCAAGGCAAACACUUUCGCCUCCUCAAGUUGAACAGCCUCUAUCUAAAUAGCAUGACUCAGUAUGGCUUUGACUGGAAACGAUGCGGAAAUCCUUUUCGGAACAUGUCCAUGGAGACACUUGAUUUAUCUUCCAAUGGAUUCGAUGUGGACAAGGCAAAACUGUUUUUCAAUGCAAUCCGAGGGACAAAAAUCCACCAUCUUAUUCUGGAACACAGCACCAUGGGGAAAUCAUUUGGUUUCAGCAACGUGAAAGACCCAGACAGGCAAACAUUUGAGGGCCUCAAGAAUAGUAGUGUCAAGAUUCUAGAUUUGUCCAAAUGCUUUAUAUUUACAUUGCAAUAUGCAGUAUUCAGUCCGCUGAGAGAGGUAGAGGACAUAACAAUAGCCCAAAACAAAAUUAACCAGAUUGACAGGGAGGCGUUUUUUGGUCUUCAAAAUCUACAAAAGCUCAACCUAUCACACAAUCUUAUAGGGGAAAUCUAUUCUUACACGUUUGACAAACUACCCAAUAUUUUAGAACUAGAUUUAUCUUACAACCAUAUUGGUGCAUUGGGAUAUCAUGCAUUUAAAGGACUUCCAAACCUACAAUUUCUGGAUCUUACAGGAAACUCUAUUCGGGAACUAGGUACAUAUGGUUCCCUUGCACCACUACCAAACAUCCAACAUCUUCGUUUGGCUGAUAAUAAGAUUACAUCCUUAGAGGGCCUCUCUGUCUUUGCUAAUAGUACGAUCAUACUUAAUGUUCAAAACAACAGGUUAACUAAUUUAGAGGAUGUAUACACAGUUUUAGCAAAAUUAAUGCACAUUGAGGUUCUCUGGUAUGGUAACAACUUCAUAAAGUGGUGCACCCUUAACAAUAAUAUUUCAGUGCCAGCUGUGAACUCUCUGAAGCUGCUUGAGCUAAGGAACAUCGCCUUGCAGAUGAUAUGGGCACGGGGAGAGUGUAUGCAUGUAUUUGAAAAUCUUGGCAAGCUUUUAAGUCUAGAUUUAAGCUUUAACUCUUUACAGACUCUCCCAGAUGGUAUAUUUAAAGGCCUCAUCUCUCUGGAAGAGAUGGAUCUUCACUUCAACUCACUCACAUACCUCAAACCAGACAUUUUUCCAGAGAGUCUCAAAACAGUUGACCUCUCUUACAAUUUCCUGGCCUCUCCUGACCCAGUAGCUUUCCAUUCUCUCAGCUGGAUCAACCUGUAUAGGAAUCAAUUCCACUGUGACUGCGGUCUGGAGGACUUUCUGACGUGGCUGAAAGGGACUAACGUGACUUUUCCUGACCCUGGCGUGAAUGAAUUUAGCUGUGAGUUUCCUUCAGAUCUCCAUGGCAUCAGCCUGUUGAAUUACAGCUCAGUCAUAUCGUGUGAGGAGGAUGACGAGAGGCUGGUUCAGGAGCUGAGGCUCUCGCUCUUCAUCGGCUGCACAGCGCUCAUCAUCCUGACCAUGGUCGGAACAAUCGUUUUCGCUCGUCUCCGUGGAUUCCUCUUCAAAGUUUACAAAAAGUUGACCGCCAGGAUCCUUGAGGGCCCUAGGAGGGAUCUUUCUGCUGGUGGGCCUCGGUACGACGCUUACUUAUGCUUCAGCAACAACGACUACAAGUGGGUAGAAACCGCCCUGUUGAACAGACUAGACUCUCAGUUCUCGGAGCGAAACGUCCUCCGCUGCUGCUUCGAGGUCAGAGACUUCAUCCCAGGUGAAGAUCACCUGUUCAAUAUCAGGGACGCCAUAUGGGGGAGCAGGAAGACGGUUUGUAUUGUGUCUAAAGAGUUCCUCAAGGACGGCUGGUGCCUGGAGGCCUUUACCCUGGCUCAGAGCAGGAUGCUGGAGGAGCUCAGAGAUGUUCUCAUCAUGGUGGUUGUGGGGAAUGUCCCCCAUUACAGACUGAUGAAACAUGAAGGCAUUAGGACCUUUGCCCGGAAGAGGGAGUACCUGCAGUGGCCGGAGGACACACAGGAUAUUCAAUGGUUCUAUGAGAAGCUCAUGUCCAAGAUUCUUAAGGACAAAAAGAACACCGCCAAAGAUAACAAUGGGGAUAUCACACUUGUAAAUAUGACAGUUGGAACUUAAUGUUGUUGACUAAUUUUUCCACAGCCUGUAUGCUUAAGUGAAAAUCUUAUUUAACUUUACUGUGAAUUCGUACAUCAUUCAUUUUUAUUUUGUCUGUAUAACAUUAAGAACUUUUACCAUGUUGAUUACAGGCAAAAUAGAGAGGGUCCUCUGUCUUUUGGCAUUGCUUGUGUUUGACCACUAGGUGGCAGUCAACCUUUAUUCACUGAUAUUGGAACUGAAAUGUUACCUUCUGUAUAAAUCAAAUGUUAUUGGUCACACACACAUAUUUAUCAGAUGUUAUUGGGGGUGUAGCGAAAUGCUUGUAUUUAUUUUAUUUUAUUUUUUUAUGAAAGAAACAACACAAAAAAACCAAAAUACAUGCGAAAUUGCUUUGUAGCUAGAAGCAGAGCUGUCAUGUCUGUUGGCGCCAUCUAUGAUUAUUGUGUGUUUUGCAGUGUGUACAAUGCAAAGUUCUUGUGGUUAACAGUUACACAUUGUAAUAUAAUUCAUGUAAGGAUGAUGGCACUUUUAAUAAAACAUUCCAAUUUCUUUACUAAA